GUUGACUGCUGUGAUGCAGCUCACGUCAUCAAGCUAACAAGCUAAUAAGCUAAUGUUGCCUCAUGUCUGAGAUGAGAUGGUUUUUAAAACAUUAAUUAUCCUUUGAUCCGGUUUAUGUGUUUUUCUCUCCUGGUCUGUUUCUCUCACCAGGUUCAGGGAGUAUUUCAAUCCGGUGUCAACCCGUUAUGAGUUAGCAACAAGCUACAGGAAGCUAACGUUAGCCAGGAAGCUAACAUCACCUUCACAGCUAACACGUGAAAACAGUGUUUAAAGUUUUUAAAAUAUCUCUGAGGAGAAGAAGUUUGUAUUAAAGCGACAGUUUCAAUACAACGUUAAUUUGAAUACAGUUUAAUUUAACCUGAUAUUCGGUUUGUAUAGAAACGAACUCCAUAGAGAAACCAGCUGAUUGACAGGAUCCAUGCUCGUUGGAUUCUGGUUCAAAAUGUCAGAGUCGUCGCUGUGAAUAUUAAAAACAAGCGGAACUGGACCCGAGGAGAGAAGCCGAUCUCUGGCCGAAUGAAUCUCAUCGACGCGUGGAACCGUUUCCGUCGCUUCGUGUCUCCUCUGAUCAACGAGUUUCUGACCUUUGUCACGAUGCGUCGACUUCUAACCCGAGUUCUGAACCGAGUCCUGCUGAACGAGUCCUUCUCACCUGUGAUGGUCCCUGAGGCGGAGAUCCACUCACACGGCCGCAGGAAGCUGGUGGUGGGACUGGGCAACCCGGGGAUGGAGGGAACCCGACACAGCGUGGGCAUGGCGGUGCUCGGUGCGCUCGCCGCCCGGCUCGAUGUCGCUGACCGAUGGCGCGGAGACAAGCAGGUGUCCGGUGAGGUCAUCGUGUCGGAGAUCCAACACACACACGUGGUGCUGCUCCGUCCCAGACUGCUGAUGAACAUCAAUGGAGUGUCAGUGGCCAAAGCAGCCGGUAAAUACGGCAUCAGGCCUGAAGACAUCCUGCUGGUCCACGAUGAACUGGACAAACCUCUGGGGAAGAUCAACAUCAAACAUGGAGGCAGCGCCAGAGGUCACAACGGAGUGCGCUCCUGUGUCGACUGUCUUCAGACGGAUGUGAUGCAGAGACUCCGAGUCGGGAUCGGACGGCCGACGGGGAAGACGUCGGUGGAGCGUCACGUCCUGGGCCGCUUCUCCUCGGAGGAGCGGAAGGUUCUGGACUCUGUGUUGGUCCAGAGUGUGGACCUCCUCCUCUCCCAGCUCUCCCAGCAAGAGUCCAAACAGGACUCCCCCUCCUCCCCCUCCUCGCCAGCAGGGGGCAGAGGAGCAGCACAGAAGAGAACAGAGCCCAGAGCUUCUCCAGCCGAGGACUCUGCUGCCCGGAGCUGAACCUCAACAUCUGUCUCAUCAAACCCACAGCUGCCUCAAAGACAAAUGUAUUUAUUCUCUGCUGUGAGAUUAAAAGACUUAAAGACAAAGUCCAGAAGAAUGAAGAUGAUGCAACAGGAGCUGAGGUUCAGGCCCAAAGAGCCGUGAGGACCUGAGCUCCUCGGUUUGUUCCUGUGAAUCAUUUCUCUCAUGAAUUUAAAUAC